AUGGAUGGGACAGGAAGAAAUAUAAUCAAAUUCUACAGUGAAGACAGAUGUAAUGUUGAAAAUGCUUCUGCUGCAAAAGCAUUGAGUAGUCCAGUGCCAAUUGAAUGGUACCCAACCCUAGCCGUCGUACUGCUCUCCAUUGGUCUUGUUGUCACCGCUUCCUUCUUCAUCUAUGAAGCAACUUGUACGAAGCGGAAUCGAUAUGUUGUCAAGGAGCUAAUCACUGGAGGAGUGGCAUCAUUGUUCUCGGGAUUUGGGUCGUUGUUUUUGCUGCUUUCAGCCGGUGUUUACGUUUGA